AUGGCUAAUCUCUGGAACAUUGUGCGUCGACAGCACGGCAUUAUGGCGCUUCUGCAUCAGCUAGAAGUACGUCAGCCAAUCUCAGAGGCCGAUAGCGUUCGCACCUUGGCUUGCCGUGGCCUUGUUGGGUUGGCCAGAUCCGAUGAAGUUCGCGGUAUGCUUUCCAAACUCCCACUUUUCACCAAGGCUCAACUCCAGCUCCUAAUGAAGGAGCCAGUUCUACCUGACCGGCUGGCAGAACACGCGGAAUUCUGUCGUUACGCUACUUUGCUGAUCCGACUUGUUGUUGGAAGCCUUCAGGACGGUCUAGCUGCCGGCGAGUUGUCUUUGGAACGCGCUCGGAGGGCUGAAAUUGUUGCCAAAACGCGUAUCACAUGGGACCAAGAUGAACUCUAUGAACUGAUAUAUCGCCAUCUCCUCUCUAAAGGCAUGUCAAACAGA